AUGCAUGUAAAAGGCGAGACGGUAUUAGCGUUGCUUACGCCCAGUUUACCUUCGGUUGCCAGUCAGCAUGUUGUGGACUUAAGUGGAGAUGGCUGGACUCUCAGCAGUACAACCUUGAAUCGGACGGUGCCAGGUCAUCUUCCUUCUCAAGUCCAUCUGGACUUGUUUGAGGCAGGUGUUAUUGAUAUCACGGCCUCAAUGACUUCAACCUUCGUUGGAUUGCUGAUGCCAACUGGACGUAUACCAGCAACCCGAUUGAAGGCCUGUGACCUCAAAAAUUCCGAGUCCACAUGGCUUGUCUUUGAUGGACUGGACACUUUCGCAACAAUCACGUUCUGUGAUCAGCAUGUUGGUUCAACCGAUAACCAAUUCCGGCAAUACAAUUUCGACAUAUCUCAGAUCUUGAAAGAAUGCAAGCAAGAUCCAGUGCUUAGGAUCAACUUCGGGAGCGCCCCAAAUAUUGCAAAUGCAAUGGCAAAAAGCCCUGAUGCGGAAGAAUGGCCUACUGGUGUACAAAUCACCAACGAGUACCCAAACCGCUGGUUUAUCCGCAAAGAACAAUCGGACUUCGGGUGGGAUUGGGGGCCUGCCUUUGCUCCGGCUGGACCAUGGAAGCCCGCAUACAUUGUUCAAAACAAGCAUGCCGACCUCUACGUUCUUAAUACCGACUUAGACAUCUACCGACAAGGCCAGAUCAACUAUGUACCCCCUGACCAGAGCCAACCAUGGAUUGUCAACGCGAGUAUUGACUUCUUAGGACCUGUGCCGCGUAACCCCUCGAUGUCGAUUGAGAUUAAAGACGUUGCAUCGGGAUCAGUCCUUUCUUCAGGACUCCUGCAAAACGUUACGGUAUCUGGAAGAUCCAUUACAGGUACCACGACCGUCGAUGGCGAUGUUCCGAAACUAUGGUGGCCCAGUGGCAUGGGCGAUCAGAACUUGUACAACGUGACCAUCACCGUACAGAACGACGAGAAAAAGGCCCUGGCAAGGGUCACCAAAAGAACCGGAUUUCGUACCAUCUUCCUCAAUCAAAGGAAUAUUACUGAAGACCAGCUGGCCCAGGGAAUCGCACCUGGCGCAAAUUGGCACUUUGAGGUCAAUGGACACACGUUCUAUGCUAAAGGGUCAAACAUUAUACCCCCGGAUGCCUUCUGGCCGCGAGUGACGCGAGCUAGGAUGGCACGAUUGUUUGAUGCAGUAACGGCGGGAAACCAGAACAUGCUUCGCGUCUGGGCCUCUGGUGCAUAUCUCCAUGACUUUAUCUAUGACCUCGCCGAUGAAAAAGGAAUCCUGCUCUGGAGCGAGUUUCAGUUCAGUGACGCACUUUACCCCGUUAAUGAUGCAUUUUUGGAGAAUGUUGCAGCUGAGGUGGUCUACAAUGUCCGUCGAGUAAACCACCACCCGUCUCUAGCUCUGUGGGCAGGCGGCAAUGAAAUUGAGAGCUUGAUGCUUCCAAUGGUCAAGGCAGCGGAUCCCACAGGGUAUUCCAAAUACGUUGGGGAAUACGAAAAGCUAUAUAUCAGCCUGAUAUUGCCUCUCGUGUACGAGAACACACGCUCGAUCACGUACAGCCCCAGCAGUACGACUGAAGGGUACUUGUAUGUCAAUCUCUCUGCGCCUGUGCCUAUGGCAGAAAGGUACUCGAAUACUACUUCGGGGUCGUACUAUGGCGACACGGACUACUACAACUACGACACGAGCGUCUCAUUCAAUUAUAAUCACUACCCCGUCGGCCGGUUUGCGAACGAAUUCGGUUUCCACAGCAUGCCUAGUUUGCAGACAUGGCAGCAAGCUGUUGACCCCGAAGACCUCCACUUCAACAGCAGCGUGGUGAUGCUCCGCAACCAUCACUACACUGCAGGGGGGUUGUUCACUGAUAACUUCAAGAAUUCGUCCCGAGGCAUGGGUGAAAUGACGAUGGGUGUGGAAGCAUACUAUCCGAAACCCAGCAAAUCCGACUCUGUUGCCAACUUCAGCGCCUGGUGCCAUGCAACACAACUCUUCCAAGCCGAUAUGUAUAAGUCCCAGAUUCAGUUCUACCGCCGAGGAAGCGGAAUGCCAGAGCGUCAGCUAGGAUCGCUGUACUGGCAGCUAGAGGACAUCUGGCAAGCACCUACUUGGGCGGGAAUCGAGUACGAUGGCCGGUGGAAGGUUCUUCAUUAUGUGGCCAGAGACAUCUAUCAGCCCAUUAUUGUCUCGCCUUUUUGGAACUACACCACCGGUCGCUUGGAGGUGUAUGUGACAUCCGACUUGUGGGAGCCCGCGCGGGGUACCGUGAAUCUGACCUGGGUUGAUCUGUCAGGCGAGACCAUUGCUAAUAAUGCAGGCUCGCCCGAAACUGUCAAUUUCACCGUGGGCGCCCUUAACACGACCAACAUUUACACCACCAAUAUCUCUGAGCUCUCUCUGCCGGAUCUCAAAGACUCCAUUCUCAUCCUGUCUCUUUCCGGCGAAGGACGUAUUCCAAAUACAAGCAAUAAAAAGGCAUUUGUCCAUCAGAACCAUUUCACGCCAGUCUUUCCCAGAGAGCUCGCUUUGAGGGACCCCAAGCUCGAGCUCUCGUACAGCCCGGACAGCAGGAAAUAUACAGUUCAGGCUACCGGAGGGGUUUCCCUUUACACCUGGCUCGACUACCCGGCCGGUGCAGUAGGAUACUUUGAGGAGAAUGCCUUCGUACUCCGUCCGGGGGAGAAAAAGGAGGUCGCCUUUGUAGCCCAGGAAGGAAGUGUCACAGAUGAUUGGUUGCGGAGGGUGACAGUGCAGAGUCUCUGGGAUCAGAAGAGCCAGUACCGAUGCUUCUCCUGCUCGCUGCAAGUACAAGAUAGCAAGUCGAAUCACGACGACCAGAUGACCCAUUUCGGCUUCAAGAAUGUUCCCGAAUCCCAAAAAGAAUCUAUGGUAAGAACGGUGUUUAGCUCCGUUGCAUCGUCCUACGACGCCAUGAACGAUUUCAUGUCCCUUGGAAUCCAUCGUCUGUGGAAAGACCACUUUGUACGAUCCCUAAACCCCGGGUCCGCGCUCCCAUCCCGCGACAACGACACAACCGGCAAGGGCUGGAAUAUCCUCGAUAUCGCUGGCGGGACCGGCGACAUCGCGUUCCGCAUGCUCGACCACGCCACCAACAUCAACAACGACCAUCAGACACGGGUGACUAUCGCCGAUAUCAACCCCGACAUGCUGGCGGAGGGCAAGAAGCGCAGCAUCGACACGCCCUACUACAAUACCCCCCGGCUGUCCUUCAUGGAGGCCAACGCGCAACACAUGCCAAGUAUCCCGGACAACUCGGUGGAUCUGUAUACAGUUGUCUUUGGCAUCCGUAAUUUCACGGACAAGCAGGCUGCGUUGGAGGAGGCGUUCCGAGUACUGAAGCCUGGCGGUGUCUUUGCGUGCAUGGAGUUUAGCAAGGUGGACAACAGUCUAUUCAAUGCUAUCUACAAGCAGUGGAGCUUCAGCGCUAUUCCGCUCAUCGGUCAGAUUGUCGCCGGCGACCGGGAUAGCUACCAGUACCUUGUCGAGAGUAUUGAGAAGUUCCCCAGCCAGGAAGAGUUCCGGUCUAUGAUUCAGAAGGCUGGAUUUAUGAUCCCCGGUCGAGGAUACGAAAAUCUCACUGGUGGGAUUGCAGCGAUUCACAAGGGAAUCAAGCCAUUGACGAAGUAG